CUGUGGUCAUUUUUACUUUUUAGGUCUUGGUUCAAAGACUCACAGGGUUCAGGGCGCACUGGCUGUGAGUAGGAGGAGGCCUGGGAGGCAGCGUGCCUGCUGUGCAGGGUCCCAGCGCUCAGAAUGGAUGUGAACUUUGAGGACGUGGCCAUUGCCUUCUCUCAGGAGGAGUGGGGGCUCCUUGAUGAGGCUCAGAGACUUCUAUACUGCGAUGUGAUGCUGGAAGUGUUUGCACUUGUAUCAUCUCUAGGUUGUUGGCAUAAAAUGGAAGAUGAGGAGGCCUGUUCUGAUCAGAGUGUAUCUAUACAAGGAGAGUCACGGGUCAGGGCUUCUAAGACAGCUCCAGCCACCCAGAAGAUCCCUCUGUGUAAGCAGUGUUUCUCUGUGUUAUAAGGUAUUUUACAUCUGACUGGUUCACAUGCAGCAUACUUUGAGCAGAAAGCCUUCUGUAGUGACGCAUGUGUUGGAGACUUCUGUUUCAGUGCAAACCCUCACCAACAACAGAGGAAUGAAUGUGGAGAGGAGCCCUGGAAAGAAACUAUGGACGGGGCCUCCUUUGUGAGCAGGUGCAGCUUCUUCUUAUCUUUGGUGCCUUCAACCAGCAGGGAGGUUGGGGAAGACUUGCAAUACAACUCAGAGCUUCCCCAGCACCAGGCCACUCCCAACACUGAGGAGCUACACUGUGGCAGUGAGAUUUCCCAGGAAUUUCUCAGUGGAAAAAGUCAUCACCAGUCGGGUGAAUGUGAAAAUGCUGCCAGCCACAACCUGAAAGUUGUUCAGUGUCAGGAUAUGUGUUCUGCAGAACUGAUUUGUGAGUGUAACAAAUGUAGGAAAGUGUUUAUACGAAACUUGAACGUCAUUCGACAUAAGGGAGUUCACACUGGAAAAAAGCCGUAUGAGUGUAAUGAAUGUGGGAAGUUCUUCAGAAAAAGACGUGCACUCAUUAAACACCAGAGAUUUCACACUGGCGAGAAGCCAUAUGAGUGCAGACAUUGUGGGAAGUUUUUCAGUUAUAAGUCUACCCUCAAACAACACAACAAAGUUCACAUAGGAGAAAGGCCAUAUAAGUGUAGAGAAUGUGGGGUAUCCUUUAGUCAAAGGCCUCACUUCAAUGUACACCUCAGAGUUCACAUUGGAGAGAAGCCAUAUGAGUGUACAGAAUGUGGAAAGUCCUUUUGUCUAAGGGCUAACCUUGCUAGACACCUCAGAGUUCACAUUGGAGAAAAGUUGUAUGAGUGUAGAGAAUGUGGGAUAUCCUUUCCUCGAAGGUAUCACCUCACUGAUCACCUCAAGGUUCACACUGGAGGGAAGCCAUAUCCAUAUGUGUGUAGAGAAUGUGGGAUGUCCUUUCGUCUAAGGGCUCACCUCACUGUACACCUCAGAGUUCACACUGGAGAGAAUCCGUAUGCGUGUAGAGAAUGUGGGAUGUCCUUUUGUGAAAGGGAUCACCUCAUUGAACACCAGACUGUUCACACUGGAGAGAAGCCAUAGGAGUGUAGAGAAUGUGGGAUGUCCUUUCGUCGAAGGGCUCACCUCACUGAUCACCUCAGAGUUCACAAUGGAGGGAAGCCGUAUGAAUGUACUGAAUGUGGAAAGUCUUUUACCCAAAAAAAUAGCCUUAUUAAACAUCUGAGAGUUCACACUGGAGAGAAGUUUUAAAUGUGCGGGGAAUGUUUUAUUUUAUUCACUUAGAACAACAACACUGAUGGCGACUCUUUGGGACCUGUUUUCCUGAAUUUAAACCCCUUUUUAAUGGAACGUACACUCUGCUAGAUUCCUCCUAAGUUUCUGGUACAAGUGAGGCUUGACGGAGGUGCAUUGCACUUGGUAAGAUGCCCAGAACUAAUACCUGAAUGAUUUGUGGCUGAAGAGAUUUCCCCUCUACCACCUGGCUCACCUGAAGACUGUGUAUCAGUCCCAACCCCUGUGGCAUCAGGGGAAAUGUAUUCUAUGUUCUCACUUGUGCUUGAGAACAUUAUGAUUAUUCCAGCUCCUGACAGGAUCUUCAUUCCUUUAUCUCUGAGGAGGUAAUACACCUGACCCAGGGUCAUCCAGGGCACCCAUCCUCAGCUAAGAAGUGCUGCCUCUGUUAGGGACAUGUGGUUCUCACAUUAUGCUGUGAUGAAUUGUUCCAGAUUCUAAUUCGCCAACCUGCAAACCGCUUGCUGUCCUCUGUUCUGAUUUAUGAUCUUUUAGUAAAGAUUUUUUUUUCUUUUGUACCUUUAAUUUGUUAUAUUCAUUUCCAGGGAUGAUUUUCAAGCACAAUUGUGAUCUAUCAUCAUGUAGAGUUAACAGAUAUUGUGUGGAUCCAAAACUUUCUGUGCUUUAGGAGGGAUAGCAUAACGCAAGAAAAUAAUUCCUUGAGCAAUAUUGGUCAUAUUGCAUUGCUGCUAAGGCCUUGA